AUGUCAACAACAGGUUACGUCCCUCCGCCCGACCAAACGGCUACUCAGCAUGAAGGAACAUCCUCUUUGGCCAUAAAUAAUACAUUCCCUCGUCGCUUCAUGACACUCAUCGCACUUAAAACGUCCGCCCGCUUCUACAAACAUAAUGGGCCUUGCAUCCCCAUUUCAAAAUCUCUCAUCGUCAAGAAGGGGCCAUUUAUCCACCUCACUGAAGCAGCUACUAUGCAAUUCGUUGCAGCCAAUACUUCUAUUCCUGUGCCGACUAUUCACUGCUCAUUCGUGCACAAGAACAGAGCACAUAUAGUUAUGCAGCGCAUUCAGGGAAAAAGCAUCGCGGAUACCUGGAGAGACUUAUCAGAUACUGAUCGAUCAAACAUCUUUACUCAGCUACGGCGCAUGUUUCAAGAACUACGGUCUCUUACUCCACCUCCCAAUACAGGAAUUGAGAGCUAUAUAGGCGGCUCAUUACGCGACUCUCAAAUACCACGGUCAAGACCAAGAUUUGGCCCAUUCAAGACCGUUCAAGAUUUUCAUCGAUGGCUGCGCGAGGACCUCCAGCCUGAGGACCACCCAGAUCGUGCUGAUGAUCAGAAUUGGAAAGACAUCAAAGAGAUAAUCACCAAACAAGACGGCUCGUGGCCACCGCCAGUAUUUACUCAUGGAGACCUGAACCCCUUCAACAUCUUAGUACGGGGCGAUCAAGUCGUUGGUAUCAUCGACUGGGAAUUUGCUAUUUGGAAUCCGUACUAUUGGGAGUAUACAUCUGCAUGGUUGGGAAAUCUUAUUCGGCAGGGCUGGCAAGAGUCGCUUACCAAGUUCUUGGAUCCAUAUCCCGUGGAGCUGGAGAUGGAGAAGACAAGACAUAGAUGGUGGGGUGAUCUCUGA